AUGUAUCGGGCUUUGGCGGCCCUUGUGGUUGCCGCGGCAUCGCUGCAUAUUGUCGCGGGGGACUUCCGUGUGCAGUUCGACGUCGUCACUGAAGACGGCCCUGGACAUUUUGUUGUGAAGGUCCAUGAGGAUUGGGCCCCGAUCGGCGCGGCGAGGUUCAAGGAGCUCGUGGAAGCAAAGGUCUACGAUGACAUCCGCUUCUUCCGAGUUAUCCCCAGCUUCAUGGUGCAGUUCGGUCUUAGCGGGGACCCGGCUGUCAAUUCCGAGUGGAGGGCCAAGCCGAUUAAGGACGAGCCUGUCAAGGAGUCGAACAAGCCAGGGUACGUGACUUUCGCAAAGACAGGCGCGCCGAACUCGCGAACUACGCAGAUCUUCAUCAACUACGUCGACAACGCGCGACUGGACGGCAUGGGAUUCGCGCCCUUUGCAGAGGUGGAGGGCGAUGGCAUGAGCGUGGUGAAGAAGAUAUACAACUGCGGCGAGAAGCCCAACCAGGGCAGGAUCCAGUCGGAGGGGAACGCCUACCUCGAUAAGGAUCACCCGAAGCUCUCCAAGGUGGUGACCGCGCGCGUGCUCCCAGAGACAGGCGAGCUCUGA